CCACCGGGGCGGGGCCGGGCACACCCGGGGCAGCGGAGAGAGGGCGGCCCUGCCCGGGCCCCUGCCCUGCCCCGGGGGCGGAGGGCCGCGGGAGCCUUUGCCUCCUCCCCCGGCCCCGCACUCACACGAGGAGCAGGCGGCGAGCGCAGCAGCGGCUCCGCGGCCCAGCCCUGCCCUGCCCCAGUCGCCGCCGCCGCCCCGAGAUGCCGCCCGCGGCCCCGCCACCGCCGCUGCUGCUGCUGCUGCUGCUGCUGCUGCUGCUGCUGCUGCUGCUGCUGCCGGCCACGGCGCGUCCCGCAGCUCCCCCGCACAGGCCUUCGUUUACAUGUGGAGGAGUUGUAUCUGGAGAGUCAGGGUUUAUUGGCAGUGAAGGAUUUCCUGGAGUCUACCCUCCAAACAGCAAAUGUACUUGGAAAAUCACAGUCCCAGAGGGCAAAGUGGUGGUUCUUUCUUUCCGGUACUUGGACCUGGAGAGCGACCCCCUGUGCCGCUAUGACUUUGUGGACAUUUACAACGGGCACGCGCAGGGCCAGCGCAUCGGCAGGUUCUGCGGCACUGCCAAGCCGGGCGCCCUCGUAUCCAACGGCAACAAAAUGCUGGUGCAGAUGACUUCAGAUGCCAACACUGCUGGAAGUGGAUUCAUUGCGAAGUUUUCUGCAGCAGAGCCACAUGAAAGAGGGGACCAGUACUGUGGGGGGCGACUGGAGAAGCCCUCGGGGUCCUUCCAGACGCCCAACUGGCCCGAGCGAGACUACCCAGCGGGAGUGACCUGCUCCUGGCACAUCGUUGCCCCCAAGAACCAGCUAAUAGAGUUAAAGUUCGAGAAGUUUGAUGUGGAGAGAGACAACUACUGCAGAUAUGACUAUGUAGCAGUGUUUAAUGGUGGGGAAAUCAAUGAUGCCAAAAGAAUUGGGAAGUACUGCGGAGACAGUCCCCCAGCGCCUAUUCUGUCUGAAAGAAACGAGUUGCUCAUUCAGUUUUUGUCUGAUUUAAGCUUAACAGCUGAUGGUUUUAUUGGCCAUUAUAAAUUUAGACCAAAAAAGUUACCCACAACUACAGUUCCACCUACAACCACAACAGUCCCUGCUACCUCAGUUGCAAAACCUACAGUUGCCCUUUGCCAGCAGAAGUGUAAAAGGAGUGGGACUCUGGAAAGCAAUUAUUGUUCAAGCAACUUUGUCAUCACUGGCACUGUAAUGACCACGACCCCCCGGGCUGGCAGUCUGCACGCAACCAUAGCCAUCAUCAACGUCUACAAGGAGGGCAGUCUGGCAAUUCAACAAGCUGGCAAGAACAUGAGUGCCAAGAUCCUGGUUGUGUGUAAGCAGUGCCCUCUCAUCAGGAGAGGUUUAAACUACAUCAUCAUGGGCCAAGUAGAAGAAGAUGGCAGAGGCAAAGUCUUUCCCAACAGCUUUGUCAUGAGUUUUAAGACUAAGAACUCCAAGAUGCUAAAUGCCUUGAAAAACAAAACGUGUUAAACCUGAACUCUGCAGCUGCAUUCUCUCAUCUGUCUUGAAAAAUAAUUUUCACUGUCAGCAGUCAGACCACGCUGCCCCUUCCUUCCCUCCAGCCACCCAAGCACAGCUGGCACAAAGUGAAAUCCAUUACAGGUACAGGGUGAGAACAAACCCCCUCGAGCCUCCGUGCUGAAGGUUUGCAGCACAGCCAUCUGAUCUCAAACAUACAAAUUCCAGUUACUUGGAAGACGUUAAUUUAUAACUGUCCAAUUUUUUAAAGGAGUUGUGGAUGUAAAAUAAGAAAUUCUAAGUGCAAUAUUUAUAGCAACUCAUUUUAACUUCGCUUUUUCUCUGAAGUUGUUUUAUUACAUGGAUUUCUGCAUUAUUACCUGUGCUUAAUAAAAUAUUUUAAGAUUAAAUCACA